UCUUAGGGGUGCACUCACUUCCUACAUAGUUCAAUAACCACAUCCACUGUAGAGUGAGCGUUGUCGGAAGGAUCUGCUACUCGCACUGGGAUAACAAAUCUAAAGAAGAGUAUGUUUGACUGAGUGCUCCAUCCUUCCAGCAUGCAGAGCAUCAAGUGUGUAGUGGUGGGAGAUGGUGCGGUGGGGAAGACAUGCUUGCUCAUCUCUUACACCACUGGAGCCUUCCCCAAAGAGUACAUCCCUACUGUGUUUGACAACUACAGUUCCCAGGUCAGUGUGGAUGGGCGAACCAUCAGCCUCAACCUGUGGGACACAGCAGGCCAGGAGGAAUAUGACCGUCUGCGCACGCUCUCUUACCCCCAGACCAACGUCUUCGUCAUUUGCUUCUCCAUAUCCAGCCCACCCUCCUAUGAGAAUGUCAAGCACAAGUGGCACCCUGAGGUGACACACCACUGCCCCAAUGUGCCCAUUCUGCUGGUGGGGACCAAGAGCGAUCUGCGCAAUGACCCUGAGCUGCUAAAGAAGCUAAAGGAGCAGAACCAGGCACCCAUCACAAAUCAGCAGGGUCAGGCGCUUGCCCGGCAGAUCCACGCUGUCAAAUACAUGGAGUGCUCUGCGCUCAACCAGGAGGGAAUCAAGGACGUGUUCGCUGAGGCUGUUCGUGCCUUCCUCAACCCUCAGCCCACUGCAACGAAAAGGCACUGUGUUCUACUCUGAGAAUGGAGGGUAUAGAGUUAUUUUGAAUUUGACAGAGAAUUGUAUAGUAAUGAUGUUAUAGGAAAUGUAUGAAAUCUAAGCCAUUUGUGACCCAGAAUCAAAAACUUUUGUUAAGACAGAUUGAGCAACAGACAUACUAUAGAAAAGAAUUUAAAUAAUAAGAGGAAUGUGCCCUUUAUUUACAUAAAGAUGACAAUAAAUAUUGUCCUCACUUCAGACAGAUAGACUAAGAUAAGGUUGAUACAUUGACAGACAGAUACUUGUCAAAUGUGUGGAGCUACCUGUAUGUUCUUCAUAAAUAUAUUUUUCUUAAAGGCUCAGUGAACCUAAGGCUUAGUGACUUAGGUUAGUGACUAUUAUUUUUCCAAAAUAUAAACAAACAUACAAAAAUUCCCCACUCAUACGGUAAAGUGUGGCUAGUCUGAAGAUUAAAUAAUGUAAAGCAUUUGUUUGUUUUUUUUGUUAAAGCUUUUUGGUCACUGCAUAAUUCCAUUUGUUAUUUCCUUUGCAAUUGCAUAAUUCGUUAUAUGUUGGUUCUGUUGUCUUUAGUUGUUUCAAACUGUGGAAAACAGUCCAAACUUUUGCCUUAUAUUGUUGACAGACAGAGAGCGAAUAGGACAUGCCAGCAGAAAAGGGCAUUUGAAACAUACACUUAGGCACUAUUGGCACUGUUUUACAGAAUCAUAUUCUGAUGGUUUUAGAGAGAUGUUAUGACCUUAAGAGACAAUUGUACACCUUGAAACAUAUCUGAAAAAUAUAUAGUACUAAAUGUUUUUACCAUUUUCAAAGAGGGUUUCUAUCAGCUUUAUCAGUGAACUCGUUUCUCAAAACAUGGAUCUGAAAUUUUCCUUUUUUCAUUCUAGUACAUGUAUCACAAAGCUUUUAAGAUCUAAAGGUGAUUGUUGAGAUAUGUAAAUAUAUCUCUAGGAGAACUGGCCUGUAAUAUGUUUGUUGACUGUGGUCGUUAAACUUCUACUAGAUUUCAGAUGCAAGAAUGCUUGUGUCUCUGUCUACAGUCUCAGUAGUUUCUGCAUGGAACCUCCAGUUUUACACUGACCACACUACUUCCUUAUUCCCUACAAGCCUCUUGGCAGUCUAUUCAGGAAGUAAAAGUUCCAGUGUGCAUUGCUGUCAUUUCUACUCACUUACUGUUUCCCAGCAAAUCAGGGUGGGGCUUAGUUGGGAAACAGCUAGAAUUAGAAACUCUCAGCACUUGAUGACUGAUUUGGAAUAAACUCAUAUUAGCUAAUACUUCUAGCUAAUAGUUACCCUGUGACUACAAAAGUGUUUUUUUUCUCAUCAUGUUUAUUGCUUACUAAAAGUUGCUCCAGAAGACAUUUCUAUAGAGAAAACUUACCUGUUCAUGAGCCAAUAUAAAUUUAUGUUCAGACUAUAAUACCAGUAACUGUAAAUGCAGUGUCUAAACAUUCUAAAUCAGUUACAAAUAUAUUUUUCUUUUACUGCUAACAAAACCAUGGAGGACUUGCUAAAUAUCCAUUAUUUAGACAACCCAUUGUGGCUCUGUGAAUUCUGAUUGAGUAGUUCCAACUGAAUCUAAUUCAGGAUGAGUGCUUGAGAUUAACACUCCACACCAUAUCUGGCUCUACUAGUCUGACAUCAACCUUCCUUUGAAACAGCAUAUAGUUGGCUGUAUGCAUGCAACCAACCUACUGUUGAUGUCAUAUUUCAAAGCAGGAGCCCAGUAAACUCUGCUGAGAGAAUUUUUCAUAAAGAGGCUAUUAUAGGGCCAGAGUUAUUUCUCUCUCUUUUUCUCACUUAGUUAUAUAUUGUGAAUGGUUGCUUUUUACAUUCUUUGCUAUGGUACCAUGUUCUGGUGUUUAUUGUGCUAAUCAAAUUUUCCAAAUGUCUUGCCAUCAAAUAAAGUUUAACAAUAUAAUUAGA